AUGCAGGCAAGUGAUUUUGAGAUCAGUGGAGGAAAGAUGGUGCUUGUCGAAAACUUCACUGAUUUAAAUGGAAAAUUAGGGUUCUACAUGAGGAAGAUUCUUAGGGAAGCAAUAACUGCACGAAAUGUUGCUAAAAUUGCUCUUUCUGGUGGUUCGAUGCCUGCCCUAAUAGCACCGCUGCUGGCGAGAUUGGAGGAUAUCGAUUGGUCAAAAGUUCGGAUAUUUGCUGCAGAUGAACGAAUGGUUCCACUAAGUGAUGCCGAGUCGAAUACAGGAACUUACAUGAAAAUUCUGCCACCUAAUAUCAGCCAAUCAUUUGUGUAUUAUGGACCUGUCGACAACAGUAUUGCUUUUUUCUAUAUAUCUAUAAUUUGCUUUUAUUUAGGCCGUGCAACAGAGUGUGCGAAAAACUAUGAAGAACAGAUACAUCAUUGUACAACAGAGACGGAAGAAGGCUGGCCUGUGUUCGAUUUGCUGUUAUUAGGUAUUGGACCAGAUGGUCAUACAUGUUCCUUGUUUCCUGGACAUCCAGCACUAAGGGAAAAUGUCAAAUGGGUUGCAGAAGUCGAGGAUUCCCCAAAACCACCACCAAGGCGUAUAACUUUAACACUACCGGUUAUUAAUCAUGGCCGAUAUGUGGCAUUUAUUUGUACUGGUAGAAGAAAAGGUGAAUUAAUACGGGAAAUAGUUAAUGGUCAAAAUUCUAAUUUUCCAGCAGCAAUGGUGAAGCCGAAGUCAGGUAACAUAUCUUGGUUCAUGGAUAAGGAAGCAUUUUCUGCUUGUGGUGGUUCUGCCAGUUGUCUGUGA